AUGAAACUGCCACGACCGAUCCAUCUGAUUCUGGACUGGGAUGGUACCCUGACCCGCAAAGACACGCUCUCUCUAGUCGGUAGCAUAGCAUACUAUGCCAACACCUCUAAAUCUCUGCCACCAUGGUCAGAUUUUGUGAACGGAUACAUGAACGAUUACAACCAGCAUGUAUCCCACUAUGAGCCUAUCACAUCUGCAAGAACAACACUCGAUCAAGAGCGACAGUGGCUAGCCAGCCUCACACCCAUCGAAAACAAAAGCGUCCAACGCGUCGAGUCUAGUGGUAUGUUCAAAAACGUCAAGUCCGGCCACGUCGACCACAUCGCCGCCUCAUCCAUCAAAAAUGGAGACCUGCAACUCCGCAGUAAUUGGAAUGCUCUAUUUGAUACUGUACUGUCCAGUCCUUCCAAUGCCGUCAGUAUACUUAGUGUAAACUGGAGUGCACGCUUUAUACGUCAAUCUCUGCUUUCCGCUUCCUCGACCCUUGAGAGUAAAUCACUGCACUCCUACAUCAAGACCAUGGACAUUAACGCCAACGAAAUAUCCAAUCUGGACGAUGCAGCAGGAAGUGAUGGUACGUUGUCCAAAGAUUCUAGCACGGGUAUACGCACCUCGGCAGACAAAUUAUGCCAUCUACCUGCUCGCUGUCAACAAAAGCUUGACCAGUGCGCAACAAGAGACGUGAUGAGUCGAGAGCAGGAAAUUGUGGUGUACAUUGGAGACUCGGCUACCGAUCUUGAAGCUUUGCUUGCUGCGGACGUGGGCGUUUGUAUCAGAGACGAGCCUAUGGGUAGCAGUCAACGAGAACUCUCUGAAACGCUCCACAGGAUCGGUGUGGUUGUGAGGAGUAUUGAUGAGGGCAUAGAUUUGAAACAGGCAACAGAUGGACAGAUGGUGGCUUAUUCGGCUUACGGGUUUGAUCAAGUGGUGAAAGCACUUUCGGAGUUGGAUCUGUGA